GUCAACCUGCUUGUCGACUGUCAAUUUCUUUUACAUGGUUGAUAGCCGAAAGUACCACGUGCGAUUGAAACUUCUCUAGUGGUUUUAUAGUUGAAAUACAUAAAUAAAAAAUGCCUUUAGCAGUCGACUUAUUGCAUCCUUCUGCCGAACAGCAGAGAAAAUCUCACAAACUCAAAAGGUUGGUCCAGCACCCCAACAGUUACUUCAUGGAUGUAAAAUGCCCUGGUUGUUACGCCAUUUCGACAAUUUUCUCGCACGCCCAGUCCGCAGUACCCUGCAAAGGAUGUUCAACGAUCCUCUGCACAUCUACCGGAGGCAAAGCGAGACUCACCGAAGGUUGCAGUUUCAGACGUAAACAGCACUGAGUCUUUUAAAUAUAAUGUAACUUCAAAUAUGUUUUCUAAUAAAUAACUGUAUUGAGGAUUCAA